AGACAAUUAAUGCUGGGUAUCAUUCAUAGAGCUUCAAUCUUAAAUCUGUAAACGAAGAUUUGUGGUAAUAUGCAUGUUUUAACUAAAAAUAGGCGAUUUUAGAGCUAUCGGAGAUCGCCGUUAAUUAGAAGUUGGUCAAGUUGUCGGAAUUUGCCAAGCGUUGUGUUUAAUUGUUUUCUCAAUGCUGGUUUACAACUGGAGAUCUUUGGAAGUUCCCGUUAGUUCAGUUUUAGUAGUUCCAAACAGAAAUGAAACGAUGAAUUUGCUAAAAAGGAAAAUCAAAACAAAUCAAAAUAUGGCGGCUCUUUAGCUAGCACCAUCAACCAAGUCAAUGAAGUUACACACCGAGUAAUCUUUAUUCAAUUGUUAAUGCCUCAGAAAACACAUUGAUAUGGAAAUACUUUGAAGAGAAAAUAUUCAUAUUGUUAAAAGAGCUUCAAACGAUUUGAUAACAUAUUGCAUUUUUUGCGAUGUCUAAUUCAAACUAAAAAUAAAUUCGACGUCGAUUGAGUAAGCUGUUACUGACCUAAGCGCUACCACGCGUGUUAAACACGCAAAAAUCUCGUGUAAGGUUUCGUACGUAAUAUCACAGCCCCUGACAGAAACUUUCUCUCUGCGAUACGUUUUGAAUUUCUAUGAAAAGGAUUUAAAAUCUCUUGUUUGAACAGGGCUAUGGUAAUCAGUCGAACGUUACAAGAAUGUUCUGCUGCCCACCAAAAGCACAGCAUAUAUAACAGAUUAUAUUUACAUAAUGAUUGAGAAGCGCGCAAAUUGACGGUUGCUUUCUCAGGACGAACGCGUCAGAAAUAGCGCCUUUUAGUACGUUCUCAGCUACUCAACGAUGUCAACGAUAUCGAAGCAGCCUUGGUACGUGAUUUAGCUUUCACUUGCAAUGAUGAAGUUUUAUUUCAUCCGGUUUUGAUAAACACACAUCUUGUUCCAUUAAUUCAAAAGAGCCACUGUAGAAACGGAUUCCAAAGGGUGACUUGAACGAUUUUGAUACCUACAUGGCCUGUCAGAGAUUGCGUGAAAACCUAACUCGCAAGAAGCCAGAAGAAGUUUGCCUGUCGUUCGAUUCUCUCUUAAGAAGAUGCCUGACAACCGUAGACCUAACCUUCCUGGGGGUGGGGACAAUGGUUGGAGCAGGGCUAUACGUUGUGACCGGUGUGUUGGCACGUGACGUCGCGGGCCCUUCCGUCAUUCUGUCCUUCCUGUUGGCAGCUGUCUCGGGGUUACUUUGUGCUUUGUUUUACGCCGAGUUCGCCUGUCGUAUUCCAAAAGCUGGAUCAUCUUAUAUUUACACGUAUGUGGCUUUGGGUGAAAUAUGGGCUUUUAUUGUCGGAUGGAAUGUUCUUUUGGAGUACAUAAUUGCCUCCGCAAGUUUGGCCCGUGCGUGCAGUGAAUACAUAAAUGCUUUGUGUGGAGGAGAAAUUUACCGCUUCUUCAUGAAUGACAUAGCCACUUGGAAUCAUCCUGGAAUUGCCCCAUUCCCAGACUUGCUUGCGUUUGGAUUGGUGAUUGCUGUGGUGACACUUGUAUGCCUGGGAACCCGUUUAUCAGCUAAUGUUCAGAAAGUGGUAACGGUCGGUAACUUUCUUGUUAUCUUCUUCAUAAUCAUCUACGGUCUGUUCUUUGCCAAAAUUAAAAACUGGACAAACGAGUUUGCUCCUUAUGGCACUCGGGGAGUCCUGCAGGGUGCAGCGAGCGCGUUUUACGCGUUUGCGGGAUUUGAUGUCGUCACCACUGCCGCUGAAGAGGCCAUAAAUCCACAAACAAACAUCCCACUGUCGUUAAUCCUUGUGGUGGCGAUCAGCACGAUGGCGUACUUUGGCGUGGCAACCGUCCUGACACUUAUGUUACCAUAUAAACAACUAGACCCUUUCGCGCCUUUGGUUCAAGCAUUUACACAGACCAACUUUCCGGCAGCCAAAUACAUCAUAACUGUCGGUGGAAUAUGCGCGACCAUCAGCGCUUUAGUUUGCGGCGUGUUUUCCUCAUCGAGAAUUAUCUACUCCAUGUCGGUGGACGGCCUGUUAUUUCGAUGGUUUGCCCACGUAGAUGACAAGAACUACACACCAAUAAGAGCGACGAUCAUUGCAGGAUGUAUUGCCGCGCUGUUGGCAAUGAUUUUCGAUAUCAAGCAACUGGUAGAACUUCUUUCCAUCGGAACCCUGCUGGCCUACACAAUGGUCGCCAUCUCAGCCCUCGUCAGUCGCUAUGAGCCUGGAGUGCAAAGCGUUUACGACAACACCGCUGAUGACUCUAGAGCGAGGACUGCAAACUGGCUACUAAACCUCUGUUCAAAAUCAGAUCAGCCGGAAAAUCAUGACGCAACUUUGGAUGUUUCCCAGACAACGGCCUACCGACCAAUCAUAGAAAAGACUGAGGAACCUUCAAAUGAUGAUCGCAAAGAUUGCAAAAGAGAAGCGAAUAAAAACACCUCGUUCUGUGUCAAGUUGUCGGUGUUUUGCCUAGUGGCUGGUAUCGCUUGCCUGGCCAUGGUCCUCACAAGGUCCUUUGAUCGUAUCUCUGAAGGAGUGUGGUGGGCACUUUUCUUGAUUUGUUUGUCCUCAGGAACAAUUGUUGUAUCACUUCUUGCCAUCCAAUUGCAACCCAGGAACUCUGCCACGUUUCCAUUUAUGGUCUCUGGCAUCCCAUACCUUUCAGCCAUUACUAUCUUCAUCAAUGCUGUGUUGAUAGCAAACCUUCAGUGGAUGACGUACCUUCGAUUUGGUGUUUGGAUGACCCUGGGUUUUAUCCUCUACUUCUUUUACGGAUAUCAACAUAGCACAGAAGGAAUCAGACCAGUAAACCAACAAGGAGAGUUCUUGAUACCAGAGACUCUAGAAUACGAAAGCGUUGUUAAUAAACCCCAAGUACACUGAUACGCAUGUGCAUAUGAGCGAUACACAAAGUGAUACCCUACGACCUAUCAAUCAUGGUCUAAAACGUGAAACCACAGCGUGAAAGAUUUACAAAAUCUCAAAACAAUUUAUUAUAACUUGUAACUUUUUCGAACUUUUUUGUGACUUAAUGUACCUACUAAAGUCAUGCCUUCGUAAGAGUGCUUAGACCCUUUGUAGAGGGGGGCAAGGGGGGCGGUCUUGUCACGAAGUCACGAUAGUAAAUUUUCGAUUUCACGAAUCACGUUAAAUCCAUUAAGGUCACGGAAAAAAUCUGGUCACAAUGCAGUGAAAUUCAGCUACGAACUCAACUUUAGACAUUCACGAUUUAUUUCUUAUCUAUUCACGAUUCACAGCCAAGGACUUUUGGAUUUCACGCCUCACGGAAUACACUUCAAUCGCGAUUCACGGAACAGUUUUUUUUUUUAUCAAAUCACGAUUCACAGAGCACAAAAAACCGGAUCACGGCGUCACGAAAAUACCCUUGCCCCCCCUCCCCUCCCCCCUUUGUAUAACUGACGUCGAUAUUUAAAGGACAACACUUAAUCAUCCUAAGCUUGGAUACAUUAACACGAGGCUUAAGAUGUAUAAAAUAUUGCUAUUCAAAUUUAGACGCCAUUUAUGCAAAGUGUCUAUAAUCUACUCCAACUUAUAUCUACAUGACAGUGACCAAUUCGAAAGCUCAUUGGCUACUUUGGUCACUGUACACAAUUAAAUAUUGUUCUUCUAGUUAAUUUC